AUGGCGAUCAACCACUCAGCUCCAGUAUUGCUGGCCACCGCCAUCGUUCUAGUGGAGGAUGAUGAAGGAGUAGCUUUUCCAACUCGGGCGCUUCUUGAUUCAGGAUCGGAAUGUAAUUUCAUGGCAGAGCGCCUCUGUCAGAAAAUGAAGAUUAAGCGAAAGCGCUCGAACAUCGACGUUGUGGGAAUCGGACAGUCUAAUAUGAAGGUGCGACAUCGCGUUGAAGCCAAAAUCAAGUCGCGAGUUUCACCAUUCUCGCAGAGCAUGGAGUUUCUCAUUCUUCCGACCGUUACGUCGAAUCUUCCAACUACAAGUGUCCGACGUGCAGAUUGGAAAAUACCUGAAGGUGUAGAACUGGCAGAUCCAUCCUUCUUCGAAUCAGCUGCUGUCGAUCUGGUGAUUGGUAUCCAACAUUUCUUCGAUCUCAUCAAAUCCAGAAAGAUAUCUUUGGGAAAUGGGCUCCCGACGUUGAAUGAGUCUGUUUUUGGCUGGAUUGUUUCUGGUGUGGUCAACGAUAUCGGUGCUGUAGUCCAAAAAUCCUGCUACACAGCAAUGGCUACCGGUUUCGAGAAGCUGAUCAAUCGGUUUUGGAGCUGCGAAGAAUUGGAAACCAGCAACAAAUAUUCCCCAGAAGAGGAGAGAUGCGAGGAGCAUUUCAAGCGAACCGUGCGGAGAUCCGAAAAUGGACGGUACACCGUGUCGUAUCCAAGGAACCAUGACAAAUUAGUCGAAUUGGGCGAGUCAAGGGACAUUGCGCUUCGACGACUUUUAUGGUUGGAACGUAGACUGGAUAGGGAUCCAGAGCUACACAAACAGUACAAGCAGUUCAUGGUGGAGUACGAACAACUCGGGCACAUGCGCAAGGUGGUCGAUACAGGGAAAAAGCGUUCCCUCCAAAGGUGUUUCCUUCCACACCAUCCAGUUGUCAAACAGGACAGCACAACGACUAAGGUUAGAGUCGUAUUCGAUGCAUCAUCCAAGACACGCUCAGGAACGUCUCUCAACGAUGCUUUGCUGGUAGGGCCAGUAAUCCAGGACGACCUACGAUCAAUAAUCCUCCGUUGUCGUAUGGUUCGCAUUAUGUUGGUUGCCGAUGUUGAGAAAAUGUUCCGCCAAAUUCUCAUCUGUCAAGACGACAUUCCUCUCCAAACCAUCUUGUGGCGGACAGAUGAACAAUCCGAAAUCCAAUGGUAUGAGCUAACCACUGUUACUUACGGUACCAAACCUGCUCCCUAUCUAGCUACGCGCACGCUGCAGCAACUAGCUGAAGAUGAGCAACUCCAAUUCCCUAUGGCGGCAAGGGCUGUCAAGAAGGACGUGUAUAUGGAUGACGUCCUGACUGGUACGAACACCGAAGAUGAAGCUGUGGAGCUCAGGACCCAACUCGAUUCGAUGCUAUCCAAAGGUGGAUUUUCGUUAAGGAAAUGGGCAUCGAAUUGUCCAAAAGUGUUGGAAGGUAUUUCCAAGGAAAAUCUAGCGAUCGCCAAUACCGAAGAAGUAUCGUUAGACCCCGACCCAUCCGUGAAAACCCUAGCUGUUCAUGCAAUUACUUUGGACGCAAGAGAUGAGGAAGGAAACCGAUUAGGCUGGGAUCAGCCUUUACCCCCGAAGCUGCUGGCAGAAUGGCAGGCUUUUCACCAUCAGCUACCCCGACUGAACGAGUUGAUCAUUCAACGUUGCGUUGUUUUACCAGAAUCAGCGAAGGUUCAUUUGCAUAUCUUCUCGGAUGCCUCAGAGCGUGCAUAUGGAACAUGUGCGUACAUCCGGAGCGAGAAUCACAAAGAAGAAGUUUGGGCUGCUUUAUUGACAUCAAAAUCCAAGGUGGCACCGUUGAGGCGCCAAUCAAUUCCCCGGCUGGAGCUAUGCGGAGCAUUGCUUUCCGCGCAGUUGGCAGAAAAAAUACUAGAGUCGAUCCAGGUUCCAAUGGAGGUGUUCUUUUGGUCCGACUCAACUUGCGCUCUCCAAUGGAUUAAAGGAAAUCCUUCAAUGUGGACAACUUUCGUUGGCAAUCGUGUAGCCAAGAUCCAACGAAUAACCGAAAAAUAUUCAUGGAACCAUGUUGCCGGAGUGGACAAUCCGGCGGACCUAAUAUCCCGAGGUAUUGGACCCGAUCAAAUCCAUACCUGCACACUAUGGUGGGAAGGCCCACCAUGGCUCAAGAAGAUGAGAGAAGAAUGGCCAAGUUCAUCAACAACUCCUGUUGCCCAAGAUGUUGAAGCAGAGUUUCGUUCAACAGCACAUUGUGCUAAUGAAAAGCCCGAAGGUUUUGUGGACUGGUACAUUUCCAAGUUUCCUGCGUACACAGAUGUGCUGAGGCGAACAGCAAUCUGGCAGCGUUUGAUUCGAAUACUGCGGAAGGAGGAUCCGAAGCCGACCGGUUUUCUAACAGUGAAGGAGUUAGAUGAAGCCGAAAUCACUAUUAUACGCAAACUUCAACAGGAAGAAUUCUCGAGCGAAUGGAAAUCUCUUUCUCUGAAAAGCCAAUACCAAAGAGCUCAUCACUACGAUGGUUCAAUCCGAAGUUGUCAAGGGACAAUGUAA